UUUCUUCUGACAGUUCGAUUCGUUCGUAUUUGCAGGUGCUUUCCGGUUUCCAGUGUUUUAUUUCUGUUUGACUUCGUUGGUGGUGUAAAUUAAUUUGCAUUUAAGAUGAUUUCCUGAUAGUUGGGACGGUUUUACAUCCGUGACAUGCCAAGAUGUUCAUAGAGGACAUAAAAAACGAUUUCUACAACGUAUUGCUAGGGAACAGGGUGUUAUUAUUAGUUCAUUACGACGUGGAUGCUAUUUGCACGUGUAAAAUAUUGCAGGGUUUGUUUAAAAGUGAUAAUGUGUCGUAUACAUUGGUGCCGGUGGGGGGUAUUGGGGAGUUAAAGCAGGCUUAUGAAGAAAAUAAUGAAGAAAUAAAGUAUGUGGUGCUGGUGAACUGUGGGGGGACCAUAGACUUGGUGGAUAUCCUGCAGCCGGAGGAAGAAGUUGUGUUCUUUGUGUUGGACGCUCACAAACCUACUGAUGUUUGUAAUGUUUAUAGUGACGGACAGGUGAGGCUAGUGUACAAAGAUAGCGAGGAGAACAUUCCAAACUUUGAUGAUAUUUUCAGAGAUGAAGAAGAAGAUGAGGAGAAUGAGGAGGCCGAGAGUGGUCGUGAAGGGCUGGAGGCGAUGGUGGAGCGUCGCCGCGAGCGCCGCGCCUGGGAGGAGAGGAGGAACACCCUCAUGUUCAACUACACGCAGUUCUCUUAUUACGGGAAACCUAGUGCCUGCAUAGCUCUAGAGCUAGCCUGGCGCAUGUCUCGCUGCGGCUGGGGCGGCGUGUGGGCGGGCAGCGUGGCGGCGGCGGCGGGCGCCGCGCUGUGCCGCCGCGCGCCGGCGCAGGCGCUGCUCGACCACCACCAUCUGCGCGAGCACACGCCGCAAGAACACGACAAAACUGGUUGUCACGUAACUCUAGAGAAGGACGUAUGCCUGCCGCUAUAUCGGCGCUGGUCGCUGGAGGCGGCGCUGUGCCACGCGCCGGCGCUGGCGCCCUCGCUGCGGCUGCACACGAGAGCUGGACACGCCAGGCUUAGGCAGCUGCUCGCUGAUACUGGUAUCCCUCUCCAACAAGCUCGCCAAGCGUACCGCUCGAUGGACGUGGAGCUGCGCCGCUCGCUGUUGCCGGCGCUGGAGGCCGCCGCCCCCAAGCACAAGCUGCCCGCGCCCACGCACACCACGUGUCUGCUGCAGCGAGUACACUCGCCCACGCUGCCCGCCAUGGACGUUGUGUUCGCUAUCAUGGGGCUUAUUGAACAUGAAACAAUACCAAAAGCGGAAGGCUUCCAACACGCCCUCUCAGCGCUAGACACCCAGAGUGGGCAGAAUGAGAGCCUGUCGCUGGGCAGCGCGGGCGCCAUGGCGGCGCUGCAGGCGGUGGCGCGCGUGGUGCACGCCACGCUGAGCGGCCGACAGCUGCACCUCGCCGGACCCUUCAGCUACUUCAUCGUGCAGGAGGGUACUCCAGAAUCCCGUAUAGUCCGCGGUCCUCUCUGGCUGGGCGUAGCAGCGCGGUGGACGGCGGCGGCGGCCGGGGCUUCGCGAGCUGUUGUAGCCAGCGCUCCCAUAGACGACACCACCUGUCUGCUGCUUGGUAUACCGCCUAGAUACCAACAUGAGCCUAGGAAUCUAUUCGGCGCAGCAUUCGAGCAGGCAGCCACGAAGUGCGGCGCGAGUGUAUCGCUGGACCACGUGGACUCCUCCGUCAUCACGCUGCCGCUCGCACAACGCCCGCAGUUCCUCGACGCUCUCACUGCUUUACUCGCUUAAACAUACCUAAACAACGCACUUACUUACUUCCGUUGGCUCUACAACCCUUUGUGGGUCUUUGCCUCUACAAUAAUCCUCCAGUUAUCACGAAGCUUGGCUGUUCUUUUCCAGUUGGUAAUCUUUCUAAGGUCUUCAAAACAACGAACUAUACAUUUCACGAAAGAAGUCCCGCAGACGCAGCGCUAUGCGAUAGCUCAGAAAAUACGUACAAAGAUAUAUAGUUCCACAAUUUUCCGCGGGACUUCUUCCGUGAAAUGGACUUUACACUAAACUAUGUUAUACCAGUCUAAACAAAAACAUCUCUACCCGCAUUAUAUCUUCGCUAUUCUGAUUAAAAAUCUUGAUAAACAUUGGCAAAUACACUAGAAU